UGCGCCAGUCGCGCGCGUUGAAAAUGGCGACGAUAGCGUGCCUCUCGCGACGCGUGUCGCCGUACACGCGGCACUUUCGCGAUGUCACGCGCGCGUACGCGUCGUGGCGUGCCGACCGCGGCCUCGGGAGGAUCCAGAAGGGCGUCGGACUGCUGGCAGCCGCUUCCGUCACGCUUCUACUGGCGCAGCAAUAUUUACGGCCGAAGGUGGUGCACGCCUUGAAACCUCGCAAGAGAGAAGAUGACCUACAUAAAGCGGUAAAAUUAACUACAAGGGAAAGAAGAUUUAUAAAAUUUGCAUCCGUUGCAUACGACGGUCAACUAUACAUGACUCCGCAGGAUUUUCUUGAUAGCGUCAUUGAUGCCGAACCUCGACCGAGACUAAAGAGGCGCGUGUUGACUGAUCAGGAGCUCGAAGUAAUGAGAAACUCGACUUCUUCGCUACGCCAUGGAAGCACACAUAUGUUCCGAAAUUUACGAGAUAAAGGAAUUAUUUCUUAUACGGAGUACCUGUUUCUUCUGUCCAUCCUAACAAAGCCGAAAACUGGUUUCCAAAUCGCCUUCAAUAUGUUUGACACCGACGGAAAUGAGAGAGUCGACAAAACUGAGUUUCUUGUGAUUCGUCGUUUACUCGGCGGUAGCCUGAAGGAACGAGAACUUGACGAACCAACAAAACGUGCAUUACGCGCCAUAAUGUCUCCAAGCGAACAGAAUAUAAGCAAGGCAAAACUUCGCGAAGUUCAUCCGAAUAACUCAAAAGAAAUCGUCACACAUUCUUAUAUGGAGAAGAUAUUCAGUCACGCGUGGAGGGGCCGUCAUGGAUGCGAAACCAAAGAGGAAUUGGAACAAUUGCAGGAACGCCAGAAAACGCCAGAAGAAAUUCAAGGCCAAUUUAUCGAUGACGAUCAGGGUUUACAACGACGUCACGCUGUGGAUACUACAUUGAUGGUACACUUUUUCGGCAAAGAUGGUACUUCCGAAUUAAGAUACGAUGAUUUCAAAUCCUUCAUGGAGAACUUACAACAUGAAAUAUUAGAGCUAGAAUUCCACGAAUUCAGCAAGGGACACAACACGAUCAACGAAUUGGAUUUUGCCAAAAUUUUGUUACGAUACACGUACCUCGAAACUGAUGAAUAUGACAAGUACUUGGACAGAAUGUUGGACCGUGCAGAUUUGCACAUCGGUAUCACGUUUGAGGAAUUUCGGCGCUUCUAUCAAUUUUUAAACACUUUAGAUGAUUUUUCAAUAGCGAUGCGAAUGUAUACGUUGGCUGAUCAUCCCAUAUCCAAAAGUGAGUUUCAACGCGCUGUAAAGAUAUGCACGGGAACGAUGCUUUCGACUCACAUAAUCGAUACUGUCUUCGCACUGUUUGAUGAGGACGGCGACGGUCAACUUUCCUAUAAGGAGUUCAUAGCAAUUAUGAAAGAUCGACUACACAGAGGCUUUAAGUCUCAACAACGUAACGAGGGUUGGGAGGCGUUCAAAUUCUGCGUAAAACAAGAGAUGAAAGCACCCUGAAGGAAAAAAUUGUGAUGUGAUAAAAUGCACGAAAACGUGAAGGCGCAAGAGAAGAUAACAGCAUUCGCUAAUUUACACAAAUUCUAUAAAUGUUGCAUAUUUUCUGAUAGCAUUGCUCAUCAUCGAAUAAUUCUUCGCCUUUUUGUACUAAUAUUAAUUUAAAAAUAUUUAAAUUUGCAAUUAUAUUUUCCAAUACUCACAAGUAAAUUUAAAAAAGAUAAUACUAUUAUUUAAAACAUAUAUAAGGCAGUUAUUAUUGAUAAUAGAUAAAUUACUAAUUAUAAGCACAUUUUCCUCAUUCUAACAAAAUUUAACAAAAGUAAUAGAAGUUACGAAAUGGAAAUUAUUCUAAAUCUAUUCAGAUGUCUUUAUUAAGUAAUUUAUUCUUGUAAUAAUAUAUUCUUAAUUUAUUAUAUGAUUUGCGUUUAUAUAAAUGAUUCUUUAUGAUUUUAUAUCUAUCUCGCGCAAAAAAAUUCUCUCUCUUAGCAAUCUUUCGCACUGAAUGUUCAAAAAUUUUGAUUUCUUAUAACGGUACUAUUUGACAAAAAUCUGAACAGAAUAUCUUUUAUUAAUAGAUUAAAAGUUUUAGCUACAAUAAUAUAAAUUGAUUUCAAAUAUUUCUUCAAAAAUUGAAAUAAUGAUACUUUUUAGAUCAGCUAAUAUUCUUAAUUUAGAUUAAGUCCACAAUUUCUGGGACAUUCUUGUUCGAAUAUCUUUGCCAAAAUAUUAAAGCAUGUUAGAAUAUUUAACAAUAGAGCAUUAUAAAUUGUAUGUUACAUAUCCUGUUAUAAAAAUGAAAAUAAUAAAGAAGCUUGUUGUAAAAAGAAGUGAAA